CCCCCUCCCCGCCAUCAUCAUCAAAGGACUACAAUUAUCAGCCAACUCCCCACAACUUCUUCCCCCACAGCGACAUCCCCGCCUGCUACUACCUAACCUUCCCUCUCGUCCUCGCUUAAUCACAAUCCCAACCAACUAGCUGCAAUGCGUCUCACAAUCUCCUCCAUCUCGGGCGGCAAUCCACAGGUCCUGCAACUCGAUGUCCCAAGCUCCAUCUGCAUUCAGGAUCUGAAGGCUCUCAUUUCGUCCGAGCUCCCGCAGAUGCCUUCAGCGUCACAGCACAUCUACUACAAUGGCCGUUUGCUCUCGGAUGCAACACGCACACUCGAAGCCUACAAUAUGAAGGACGAUGACAUGGUGGUGGUUCACACCAUCGCGCCGCGGCCGCAGGCGCAAGCUCGACCGCAACAGCAACAGCAGCACCAGCAGCAGCAGCAGAUGCAGAUGCAGUCGCAACCCCAGCAGCAGGAGUACGAUCCAGAAGUUAUCCGGCUGCAGCUCCUGGCGAACGCGCAGCUGCAGGCUCAGUUGCGGGAGACGAAUCCUGAGCUCGUGGAGGCGAUGAAUGAUCCUGCUGCGUUUCGAGAUGCAUUUGGUCGGAUGGAGCGCGACCGCAGGGAAAAAGAGAGGGAGAAGCAGCGGGAAAUUACCCGUUCAACAUCGAGGCACAGCAGAAGAUCGAGGAACUCAUACGGCAAGAGCAGGUUAUGGAGAAUCUUCAGUCCGCGCUCGAGCACAACCCAGAAGCUUUUGGCCGUGUUACGAUGCUCUACAUCCCCGUCGAAGUCAACGGCACCGCCGUCAAAGCAUUCGUCGACAGCGGUGCGCAAGCAACCAUCAUGUCACCCGACUGUGCGCAACGGUGCGGAAUCAUGCGGCUGGUGGACUCCCGCUUCGCCGGCAUCGCUCGGGGCGUGGGCACAGCACGGAUUCUCGGCCGCGUGCACAGCGCGCAGAUCAAGAUCGGCAACCUGUUUCUCGCCUGUUCCUUCACGGUGAUGGAGGGAAAGCACGUUGAGCUCCUCCUCGGCCUCGACAUGCUGAAACGACACCUCGCCACGCUGGACCUGAAACGCAACUGCCUCGUGAUCCAAGACGAAGAGGUCGCGUUUCUCGGCGAGAGCGAAAUCCCCAAGGACAGCUCGGGCGAAGACGAUGAACCCACCGUCGAGGGCCCCAGCGGAAGCAAGGUUGGCGCGAGAUCUGGCGCGAUUGUGGAGCCGCCCGCACCGG